GGGACGCAGUUCGGUCGCGCUCGUCUGAAGCGGCGUACAAAGAACGGAAGCUCAAGAUGGCAGACACGGUCAGAUCGCGGCGUGAAGAUGGGGAAUGCGACAGAAGUAACCGUGAAGAAUGGGAGGCAAUAAGUAAUCUCUGGUGGACGGAUCAAGACCAGCAGGGACCCAGACGCUUCCAAUAACCCAAAGUCAAGCGCGGCCGCAGAUGAACCAUGAUCUGCUCUCGCGCCUCGACGUUGUCGGUGUUGGCAGGUCCGGGAAUUCGUCUACCGCAGCAAGGGCUGAGGCACUCCCCGGAUAUCAAGGCCAGCGACAAAGGAACCGUCGCAGGCGGGAGAGACGAUCAGCUGCACCAAUGUGGCAUGUAUCUCGACAUGGAUAUCUUUUAUAAUGAGACCUUUCCGUUACACCAAGUCGAGUCUGACACAGCGCGACACACUGCUGUAUUCAAAUCAACGCGACCUACUGGCGUGACCAACGAUUUUAUGAUAUCAUCCGCAAGGCAUCCGGCUUUUGCAGCAGCCAUUUCCAAACUACCGGUCUUUUAUUCUACUGGGCCGUUCUUCAUUACCUGGGUGGUGAAGGACUACUUGCUUGUGCAACCUUCACUUCCCUCGCCGACGUUACAGAUGAUUAAUUCAACUGAACUCACAUCCUACACUACCGACCUCGAAAGCUCCACCUGGCGUCGGACAGACGCUUAG